CUCCUACUCCUCCUUGUCCCCUCCCUCUCUCUCUUAAACAAACAUUUUCACACAGACUCUGUUGAAUCUUUAUAAAGACUCUUCCCUCUCUCAUCUCUAAAACUCUUUUUCUGUGUUUACUCUCACAAAAUGGAGCUUGGCUUGAGCUUGGGGGAUGCCUCAAAAUCCCUAGGAUUCUUGAAAGAUAACAACUCCUCCACAAAUCAAGAUCUCACCAAGCCCACCGGCUUCGAUUUCUGCAUGUCUUUGGGGCUUAGCUCCAAAGAAAACGGCGAAGACGAUGAUACAUCGGCAGAGGAUGGAAGCGAUGAUAAUCAAGAGGAAACUCCUCUGCAGCUGAAUCUUCUCCCUCUCGCUCCUCUUCCUCUUCCUCGCCUUUGGUCUUCUGAUAAUGGGAGCUCGGAAAAUGGGUCGUCGGGGAAGGGGUUGGACGUGAACCGGACGCCGGCGGCGGAGGAGGCCUCGUCGGCGAACAAGCGCGAAUUCGACGCCGCCGGCAACGACAACGACGACGACAACGCCCUCAACACCCGGAGAAAGCUCCGCCUCUCCAAAGAGCAAUCGGCGUUUCUUGAAGAGAGCUUUAAGGAGCACAGCACCCUCAAUCCUAAGCAAAAACUGGCGCUGGCGAAGCAGCUGAAUCUCAAAGCGAGACAGGUGGAGGUGUGGUUCCAGAACAGAAGAGCAAGAACAAAGCUGAAGCAAACGGAGGUGGACUGUGAAUACUUGAAGAGAUGCUGCGAAACGCUGACAGAAGAAAACAGAAGACUUCACAAGGAAUUACAAGAGCUGAGAGCUCUCAAAACUUCAAAUCCAUUCUACAUGCAACUCCCCGCCACCACUCUCACCAUGUGCCCUUCAUGUGAGCGCGUUGCCUCCACCACCGCCGCCGCUCCCGCUGCCGUGAAGGCGGACUCCAAUAUCCCCAAGGCUAUUCCGUUUCCGCUGGCGAGGCCCAGAUUUUACCCGUUUCCGCAAGCGCAUCCUAAUCAGCCGGCGGCGUCUUGAUUAUUUAGUGAUGCUGAUUUACUUGUAAAUAUGAAAGGGGGAAAAAAGUAAAUUAGGUCUUGUUUGUUUUGUUGUUUUGUGUUUGGUGUUUGGAAUGAGGGGUUUUGUUUUGAUUGUUUGAUGGUGAUGAAUCUCUGCAUCUUGAGCAAAUUUUUCAGCUCAUCCUAUGUUGAUUUUGUGGAGAAUACAGAAAUUAGUUUGGGACAGUGAAAAA